CUUUUCCAACUUCUCUUCCAUGGAGGAAGGAACCUCGCCAUGAUAGACUUGCAUUAUGCGCUUUAACGUGUUGUACCCUGAUUCCUCUCAUUGCCCUUUCCUACCAUAAGUUUUCCUGUCUUUUUAAGACCCCUUAUCAUGGCAGGUGAAACAAUUUCAUCAUACGUCGGUGUGGAGUCCUUUUCCUAUGAAAAUUACUUCUUCUUUUGAAAAACAAUUUCCGUAUUUUUACACUCUGUUUUAAGUUGUUUUCCAUUGCUUCUUCAAUACAUGGAUUUUUAUCGUGUGUGUAUUUAUAGAGGCAGAAUUGAGAGAGAAAAGUAGAGCCUAGAUAGAGAGAAAAGAGAAAAGAGAGAAAAAAAAAAAAGAUCUUGUUGAGUAUUGAAACUGCGUUACCAUGGCUUCAAAGCUGAUUAUGAUUUCAGUAUUUGUGCUCGAUCUCAUCGCUUUUGGUCUUGCUGUUGCGGCUGAGCAGAGGAGAAGCACUGCAAAAGUUGUUACAGAUUCAGAGAUGAACUACAACUACUGUGUCUAUGACUCUGAUAUUUCAACAGGCUAUGGUGUUGGUGCAUUUCUCUUUCUCAUGGCUAGCCAAGUCCUUAUAAUGGUAGCUAGCCGAUGCUUCUGUUGUGGAAAGGCAUUAAACCCCAGCGGUUCAAGGGCUUGUGCAGUAAUCCUCUUCAUUGUCUGCUGGUUGUUUUUCUUGAUCGCGGAGAUAUGCUUGUUUGCUGGAUCAGUGAGAAAUGCAUACCACACAAAAUACAGGACUAUUUUUGGUGGUGAAGAUCCUCCUUCCUGCCAGACCUUGAGGAAGGGAGUUUUCGGAGCUGGGGCAGCUUUUAUCUUCUUCACUGCUAUAGUCUCUCAGUUCUACUAUGAUUCCUAUUCCAAGGCCAGGGGGAACAGCUUCCAGCCUUAUGGAGGAGAAGCUGGUGUUGGUAUGGGAACCUACAAAUGAUGUUGCAGUAAAUCAGAAUGCUGAAUGAACUCUAUGCGUUGAUUUGCUUGGUCAUUACCUGUUUUCUAGUCGCAGUUUAUGUACCAAGGGUUCAAUUUAUAGGUGAUAAAAUUGUAUCUGGGUCUUUUUUUUUCUUGAUCUCUAUUUCAUCAUACUGUAAUUUUUUUAGGGUGUCUCCUACACAUAUUAAUUACAGAAGGUUGUUAUUUGUGUUUUUUAGCAAAUAAUUUUGUCAAUGAAUA